GCGUGCUGAGUGUCAUGGCGGCCUGCAAGCACUGCUGCUCGUGUCUCCGGCUCCGGCCGCUGGGCGAGGGUCCGCUCCGUCUUCCGGGACGGCACCGGGCGCUGACCCAGCUGCAGGUGCGAGCUCUAUGGGGCGGCGCGGGAUCUCGAGCCGUGGCGGUGGAAUUAGGCAGCAGAAAAUUAGAAUUAUCCUCUGGAAAACUGGCCAGAUUUGCAGACGGCUCUGCAGUAGUACAGUCAGGUGACACUGCAGUAAUGGUCACAGCAGUCAGUAAAACAAAACCAUCACCUUCUCAAUUUAUGCCUCUGGUGGUUGACUAUAGACAGAAGGCUGCUGCAGCAGGUAGAAUUCCCACAAAUUAUCUUAGAAGAGAGAUUGGUUCGUCUGAUAAAGAAAUUCUUACAAGUCGGGUAAUAGAUCGUUCAAUCAGACCUCUCUUUCCAGCUGGCUACUUUUAUGAUACACAGGUCCUUUGUAAUUUGUUAGCAGUAGAUGGUAUUAAUGAACCCGAUAUCCUAGCAAUUAAUGGUGCUUCUGUAGCCCUCUCAUUAUCAGAUAUUCCCUGGAAUGGACCUGUGGGGGCAGUACGAAUGGGAAUGAUUGAUGGAGAAUUUGUUGUUAACCCAACACGAAAAGAAAUGUCCUCCAGUACUUUAAAUUUAGUGGUUGCUGGUGCCCCUAAAAGUCAGAUUGUCAUGUUGGAAGCCUCUGCAGAAAACAUUUUACAGCAGGACCUUUGCCAUGCUAUCAAAGUAGGAGUGAAAUACACCCAACAAAUAAUUCAGGGGAUCCAGCAGUUGGUAAAGGAAAUGGGAGUUACCAAGAGGACACCUCAGAAGCUAUUUACUCCAUCACCAGAGAUUGUGAAACAGGCUCAUAAACUUGCCAUGGAAAGACUUUAUGCAGUUUUUACAGAUUAUGAACAUGAUAAAAUUUCCAGAGAUGAAGCUGUCAACAAGAUAAGGUUAGAUACAGAAGAACAACUAAAAGAAAAAUUUCCAGAAGCUGAUCCAUAUGAACUAAUAGAAUCCUUUAAUACCGUUGCAAAGGAAGUUUUCAGAAGUAUCAUUUUGAAUGAAUACAAAAGGUGUGAUGGUCGAGAUUUGACUUCACUUAGGAAUAUAAAUUGCGAAGUAGAUAUGUUUAAAAUUCUUCAUGGAUCUGCCUUAUUCCAAAGGGGCCAAACACAGGUGCUUUGUACUGUUACGUUUGAUUCAUUAGAAUCUAAUAUUAAGUCUGACCGAAUUAUAACAGCUAUAAAUGGGAUAAAAGAUAAAAAUUUCAUGCUGCACUAUGAGUUUCCUCCUUACGCAACAAAUGAAAUUGGCAAAGUAACUGGUGUAAAUAGAAGAGAACUUGGGCAUGGUGCUCUUGCUGAGAAAGCACUGUAUCCUGUUAUUCCCAAAGAUUUUCCUUUCACCAUAAGAGUAACAUCCGAAGUCCUAGAAUCAAAUGGGUCAUCUUCAAUGGCAUCUGCAUGUGGUGGAAGUUUAGCAUUAAUGGAUGCAGGGGUUCCGAUUUCAUCUGCUGUUGCAGGCGUUGCAGUAGGAUUAGUCACCAAAAACAAUCCUGACAAGGGUGAAAUAGAAGAUUAUCGCUUGCUGACAGAUAUUCUGGGGAUUGAAGAUUACAACGGUGACAUGGAUUUCAAGAUAGCUGGCACUAAUAAGGGAAUAACUGCAUUACAGGCUGACAUUAAAUUACCUGGAAUACCAUUAAAAAUUGUAAUGGAAGCCAUUCAACAAGCCUCAGUGGCAAAGAAGGAGAUACUACAAAUUAUGAACAAAACUAUUUCAAAACCUCGAGCAUCUAGAAAAGAAAAUGGACCAGUUGUAGAAACAGUUCAGGUUCCAUUAUCAAAACGAGCAAAAUUUGUUGGACCAGGUGGAUAUCAUUUAAAAAAACUUCAGGCUGAAACAGGAGUAACGAUUAGUCAGGUGGAUGAAGAAACAUUUUCUAUAUUUGCCCCAACACCCAGUGCUAUGCAUGAAGCAAGAGACUUCAUUACUGAAAUCUGCAAAGAUGAUCAAGAGCAGCAGUUGGAAUUUGGAGCUGUAUAUACCGCCACAAUAACUGAAAUUAGAGACACUGGAGUAAUGGUUAAACUAUACCCAAAUAUGACUGCAGUACUUCUUCAUAACACACAACUUGAUCAACGGAAGAUUAAACAUCCCACUGCUCUAGGAUUAGAAGUUGGUCAAGAAAUUCAGGUGAAAUACUUUGGACGUGAUCCAGCUGAUGGAAGAAUGAGACUUUCUCGUAAAGUCCUACAGUCUCCAGCUACAACUGUUGUCAAAACUCUAAAUGACAGAAGUAGCAUUGUAGUUGGAGAAUCUGUUCCACAGUCAUCAUCUAAUUCUUCUCCAUGAUUUAUAAGAGAGAAUUCUAAAGUGUUACUCUGUAGGACAAAAUUUCACUUGAGUCUUCUAAUAUGUAGAUUUAUAUAUAAUAUAAAUAUAUUCUAAUCAUUUGUAUUAAAAUGCUCAUUUUACAUGUG